UACUGUCAUUAUCGAAAUUUAAUUGGCACUUCCAGCACCUCCGGUGACUUGCUCAUGGCGGCACCCUCUUUGUUUCCGGGUCACUUUUUUUUAAAACCGGCGCAGAAGACUUUGGAUAUUUACCGCAGUAUACUUUCGGCUUUAACUGUUCUUUUCUUUCCAUACUUUAAUUUCAGUCGUCCUCCCUUAUCGACUCCGACAACUACCCUACCAGCACAGUCGACAUGGCCUUGGUUUCCGCCGCCCUUGUUUUGCGGACUAACCGGACUUUGUCUGUAUGGGCAAUUUCGGCCGGCCUCCGAGGGGGCUUUUCCCGCGGCUUCGGCCCAGUUCAGUCUCUGUCGGCAUUUUGCUCCGCUUCUUCACAGACUGUGGUUUCGGAGAGGAGGGGCUCAGUGGUCACCAUCGGAAUCAAUCGACCAGAAGCGCGCAAUGCGGUGAACCAGGAAACGGCUCAGCGCCUUCUGGAGGAGUUCACCGCCUUUGACAGCGACCCUGACCUCACGGUAGCGGUACUCCAUGGCAUUGGAGGGAACUUCUGUGCUGGUUAUGAUCUGAAGGAACUUGCCCAUCAGUCUGCAUCCCUCAAAUUGGAACAAGAUGUCACCAAAGGUCCUGGGCCGAUGGGUCCCUCCCGCCUGCAGCUCUCCAAGCCGCUGCUAGCAGCUGUCAGUGGCUACACUGUCGCCGGCGGUCUCGAGCUCGCGCUCUGCGCUGACAUCAGAGUGGUGGAGCAGAGUGCCGUGAUGGGCGUCUUCUGCCGGCGUUUCGGUGUCCCACUGAUUGAUGGGGGCACAGUAAGACUCCCCUGCCUCAUUGGUCUGUCCCGGGCUCUGGACCUGAUCCUAACUGGCCGGCCGAUUGGUGCACAGGAAGCACUGGCCUUUGGGCUGGCCAAUCGCGUCGUUCCAGAUGGGCAAGCCCUGCAGGUGGCCCUGGAGCUGGCCCAGCAGAUCGGCAGCUUCCCCCAGCAGUGUCUCCGUGCCGACCGCGCCUCGGCGUACCACAGUGCUUUGGAGGCGCCCCCCUUCCGGGAGGCCAUGCAGUACGAGUUCGACCACAGUGUGGCGGUCCUCCAGCUGGAGAGCGUGGCAGGGGCUGCCAGGUUCAGCUCAGGCACUGGGCGAGGAGGGGCCUUCCCAACCAGCAGCACGCAUGAUGACACGCGUGCAGAAUGACUGCUCCUCAUCAGAGCUGCUCCUCUCAGUCUGCUGCGGGACAAUGACAUCCGGAAGCAUGUAGGGGUUUUGCCGGAUGCCAUCAUAUACCGCUUCAUUUUCACACACAAGACGUCUAUUGUACAGCACAACAAGAAUGAAUAAAUCCCACAACUUCAAUCAGUCGAAGCUUAAAACAAAUCUGCACCCGGACACAUAAACACGGAUCAGAAUAUACACCUGGUGCCCGUUUGUAAAGCCUGGUUUAUUGUGAAGCUCAUAUCAAAGCACUAUGGUGGACCGAGAGUAACUGGAAAACAGUGAUGCACAACAAUAACAUCAAAAGCACCAGUAGAGGGCUGUGCCAACCGGACGUCUGUGUAAAUCUUAUCACCUGAAGCAAGGGACUGGAGAUCUUUGCUCUGGAUGCAUCAGUCUCUCUCAUCUGCAGCAAUGAAAUGAUGAGACUCUGCUUUGAGCAUUUGCACGCAUCGUACGGCAUGAAUGCUGAAGGUAUGCGACAGAUUAACAGUGUGCAACACGUGCUUCAAAGACUUGCUUCUCCUGCAACAUGGGGGCUGGGCUGGAGGAGGUGGGAGACGUGGGCCCACCAAGCGAACGGACACUGCUGCAGCCCAUCAGUGGAUCUGCUGAAUGGGGGCAGGAACAAAUCCCAGCUUCCCUCAGUCUCCCCGAUGCUGCCUGGCUGUGCAGGCACACGUCCUUCAUUUAGCCUGAUACGUGUCAAAAGGCAAGGUGAUGCCUAAUCAGAACAUAUUGCUACCAGUUCAUGCUCCUGUUUCACCGUGUUUUUAUUUUUAUUUUUAUUUUUAUUUUUAUUUUUUAUCUACAUUUAGUCCUUUAUAGCAAAUGGGGCUGUGUCUUUAGUGUGUUCCCUCCUCUAGCGUGCUUGUAAUCAGUGGGGGGGCAACUCUGCACCCCCUAAUCAGCCCUCCAUGGUGUGGGCCACCUGCAGGCAACGCCAAUCUCCCUUAUCUGCCCUGUCCGCUUGCGGCUCCCAUCCGUGGCCAGACGUCUCCUGCGGGUGGAGGGGGGGGGGGACACUGAUCUCCUGAUGCGGCUGCAGAGUGCCCCACCCCCUCCCCAGUCAUUCACUGUGUUUGAAGUUCUGACAUGGUGUCACUGAGCAGAGCUUCCGUAACACCUCUGCUGACCUGGGACCAUCAGAAGCUGCAUUAGGAGAUCACUCACACUUUAGUCAUCGAAAGGGCAGAUUAUGCCAUGAAUAUUGAGAUUGUUCAAUUGAUCAAGCCUUAAAACAGGCUGGGAGCCUCCCAUGAGGAAGGUCUUCCAACUUGCUUUUAAGCAACAUUUGUUGGAUACCGCUUAACAAAACAACAGUUUUACAAGCUUUACUUUCCAAUGCUGUGCUCAAGGGGUCCUCGCCGGGCACUGCUUUGUUUCCGGGUAAAUAACCCCUCUGCUGAAAACAAGGAGCAGAAUUGACUGUGGUUGAUAAAAGCAAAUUCAGAAAGUGCAUGUUGAUUUAUUAACUGCUGGGUUCUAUGCAUUUUUGUUGCUCUGCAAUUCCAUAGUAGUUUGAUGCUGCUGCGACUUGGGCUCCCCCUGUGCCUGGAUCCCGGCCAGCCUGGGGGAUAGCAUCUGCGGCUUUGAUGUUGUGGUUUACACUUCUGCCAGAUAAGAUUGCCGGCAGAGUGAUAAGAGAACUCCCUCUAUCGAGUGAUCAGGGAUCUGGCAGACACAACAUGAGACUCCCGGAGGAGACGGGGAGGAAGGGGCAGCAGGGAGACGCUCUGUUCCUUCUCAGGGUGGGAGACCUAAUUGAGAUUUAUGUAAAAUGUACUGGUUUUCCUUUGAAUGUCUUGAUGUUGUUAAUGAACACCUCAGUGUUCUCUGAAAAUUUGUUUUUGCAGGCCUAAUGCACUUGUAUGGUCACAAUCAUGGGUUUGAGAUUUGGCUCAAUAAAUAAGAAGAAAUCUU